UUAAACAUUUUAAAAGACACUUCAGGAAAUUGUCUUAUAAUUAUAUUAAAUUAAACUAGUCAUAUCAGUGUGUAACUUAUAUUCUGGCGAUAUAUAUAUAUCAUAUGUUUUAUUAUUAAUUGAUUAAUUAUUAAUAUACAGUGUUAUAUAUUAGCUUAUACAUAUCUGUGUAUAUUUUUAUUGUUUAGUUUAAUGUAUUUACCGUUUCUCUGUUUUUUAGGGUUUUUUAAUGCAUCCGUUUGCGCGCGAGUGGGGGCGUGGCUUGUGGUCUCUAUGGAGACCGUAAACACUUGCUGAGUUCCGGGUGUUAUAAACAGAUCCUCUUAGGAAAAUCAAUACAUUUGAUCAGACCCCCGCAGUCUAUCCAAUCUUUUCCAUAUAUCUGAUCAACAUGCAGACCAAACACACAAAUCCGGCAGCGCGCGCUGAGGACGCAGCUCACCCUGACCCAGUUGUGAUCUCUGCACCUGAAAUAACAGAAUCUCAGCCCUCAGAGGGAGAUGAAAAUACUAACAUUAGUGAGGAGGUUUCUGAACAGGCAGCACCAGACACCAGCAGAAACAUCUCAGGUCCCAGAAUCACUAAAAAGUUCUUAAGGGAUCACUGCAAACAAAACAAACUGUACCUAACGCCGAGGCUGAACGACACGCUCUACCUUCACUACAAAGGGUUUAUGGUUAUAGAAGGGUUAGAGGAGUAUACAGGGCUGCGCUCUCUCUGGCUCCAGUGUAAUGGAAUUAAGAAGAUCGAAAAUCUGCAGAAUCAGACAGAGCUCCGCUGCUUAUACCUCCAUCAGAACCUCAUCCACACGCUGGAGAACCUCCACCCACUCACAAUGCUCAGCACCCUCAAUGUCUCCAACAACCGCAUCCGGGUCAUCCAGAACCUCGCCUGCCUGAGUCAGCUGACCACUCUCCAGAUCUCCCAUAAUGCACUGGAGACGGCUCAGGACCUAAUGGAGCUCCGCCUCUGUCCAUCCAUCAGCGUUCUGGACCUGUCCCACAACCGACUCUCCGACCCUCAGAUUGUCUCCAUACUGGAGCAGAUACCUGACCUGCGAGUGCUAUACCUUAUGGGUAAUGAAGUCAUCAAGAAAAUUCCAAACUACAGGAAGUCACUGAUCAUCCGACUAAAACAGCUCACAUACCUGGAUGACCGUCCUGUGUUUCCACGGGAACGGGCGUGUGCGGAGGCAUGGUUGGUUGGGGGGUUGGAUGGUGAGCGGAGAGAGCGGGAGCUGUGGCAGUCGAGAGAGAGGAGGAGGAUCCAGGACAGUCUGGACGCGAUGGCGGCUAUCAGAGAAAACGCCAUCAAACAGAGACGAGCGCGAGAGCAGCAAGAGGAGAAAGGAAUUCCUGAGUCUCAGAAUUUAACAGGGGAAGAUCUGACCAGGCCUGAGAAAGAGCUAGGCCAGUCUGAGUUAAUCUUAGAACCCGUAAUUUACCCAGACUCUGGCCUGGCGCUGGAGGUCCAGUCAGAAUCAGAAGAGAUAGACACCACCAACUCAUCACAGGAGAGCAGAGAGAUAAACCAGACUGACCCGGGAGCAGAAGAACCGGAUCACACACCAGCGCUGGAGACAAAGCCAGUUCUACAGCCAGCAGAACCUGUGAUCAAGCUUGUCCGGUUCCAGUCUGUCCAGUCAUCUUCAGAACCUGAGCAGCAUCUCCGGUCCAGGUCAAUCCCAGCGGAGGAUCUCCAGCCAGCAGCUCUUCCGUUAAGAUCAGAGAAGAACCAGCAGAAGAAUCGAGAUACGGCUUCACACUCAGAACCAGAUUCUGAAGAUCCGCUAUUCCUGAUGUUCGGCACCGGCGGUCCCGUCACAGAACUGAUCCCGGACGAUGAAAUCGAGACCAUAGAGCUUCCUGAUGUUCCAUCACUUACCAUCAACGAUCUACCUGACCUAGAGGAUCUAGUGGAGACAGGCCAAGCCCACACAGUUCAGCAGGCUGCCUUCCGUCCAAAAAUUGAGGUGAUCUCUUCAGGAGACAGUGACUGGGAGCCAGAUGUGUCUAAGUCUUCUAUUCAGCUCUCCAGUGUUUCCUCACAGAGCCGGUCAGUCAUCCAUCAGAGCUUUGUCUUCAGCUGUGGAUCAGAACCAGAACCUGCAGAGCUUCCUGAUAGAGGAAGUGUUCCUCAGAGAGCAGGAGAGAACAAAAGAAACCUGAUCGAGGAGUUGGACUGAUCAGACUGAUUGGUGUCUCUGACAGGUGUAUUACAGUCUCAGCAAUAAUAAUAUAACAUUAAUUUGAUGUUUUUUAUGAAUAUAUGGUAUUAAUAAACAAAUUGAUUAAUAAAAUUCAGUUUUAAAAGAA